CCAAGUGCUUUUAUGCAGUUUCCUCAAAUGAUACACUUUAAAAUUGUGAACCUCUCACAGACAGUAAAGCUUUUAACUCACAUCAGUACAUGGCUGAAAACAGGCCUCUGCACCCAGAGUAGCUCUGGAGAGAAUGAAUGUUUUUUAUGUUUCAGUGUACCAGUUAUUUAAAUUUGAGCAAGCCAAUUUGAGCAUGCAAAGUGUUGUGUUUUGACUUUUAUCAUUCGAAACCAAACUGUCACUUUAUUCUUGAUUCUUCCUGAAACCAUUCUGGCUCUUCAAGGUGAUCCUGAGUAAAGGACGUCGGAGGACGUUCACCUGGUCCUGCGUUGGCCCACCUCUGCAUGCCUAAUUUAUCUCGGCCUUAUAAAUACUGAAUCAGAGAUAACACAUACACCACACUGGAGCGACAUCCAGGGAGUGAGGUCUUGGUUUUUACUUGAAAAAGGUAAUGAGACAGGGUCCAAGACAUUAGCACAAGGGACAGGAGAGACGAGAAACAAAUAUUAUUCUUGAUUUCUCGAGUGAAGCGCAGGGUACAGGUGAAUAAAGAAAAGAAGAUCCCUGUCAGUGCUUCAGAUCCCGGGAAGCAAAAAGAUUCAACAUGGCCGCCUUGAAGGAGAAGAGGACUUGCGGGCAGCGCUGCGAAGACUUUGGCCACUUUGUGUGGAACUCAGAGAAUGGGACACUUAUGGGAAGAACACCAGAGAAAUGGGUGUACAUCAGUCUGUAUUAUGUGGCCUUCUAUGUGGUGAUGACAAGCCUCUUUUCUCUGGCCAUCUGGACGCUCAUGUAUACCCUGGAUCCGUAUGCUCCGGACUACCAAGACCGGCUAAAAUCUCCGGGUGUAAUGGUGUGGCCCGACAGUUAUGUAGAUGAGAAGAUUGAAAUCACCUACAACGUGUCAGACAAGAGCUCCUGGAUGAAGAAGGCCACCAUCAUCCAUAACUUCCUGAAGCCGUACAAUGACACCAAGCAGCAAGAAUGUAACUACCACAACUGCACGAAGGGAAAGUACUUCAUCCAGAACGACUUCCAUGCCCCGGGCCACACCAAGUGGGCGUGCCCCUUCACCCAAAGCAUGCUGGGACCCUGCUCAGGACUUGACGACCCAACCUUCGGCUACAACUGCAGCAUGCCUUGUCUCAUCAUUAAGAUGAACAGGAUCAUUGGCUUUUUGCCUACUAAUCACACUGAGAGUCCUCCAUAUGUCAACUGCACCACACUGGAUGGACAUGACAAUGUGGCGAAAAUUGAGUAUUUCCCUGAAAAAGGAGUUAUGGAUCUCUCUUACUUUCCGUAUUACGGAAGACUGGCACACCCUACCUAUGUCAACCCGUUGGUGGCUGUUCGGCUCAGCCUGGUCGGAGAGAAAAAGGCGAAGAUCCAGUGCCGAGUGGUCGCUGACAAGAUCACCUACGAACACUUCCAUUUACCCUAUGAGGGAAAAGUCACCUUCACUCUUACACAAUUGAAAUGAGGAA